GAUUCCUCAUCUUUUCUCCUAUUAAUUUUGACCCAUUCGCUUCUUAUCACUCUCACACCCAAAAAAAAAAGACCCAUGAAAAUCCACCCAUUACCCAGAAACGAAAAUAACAACAAUCUGAUCCAUCACGCUCGUGAUCCGACCCGAGAACCCGGAAAGAAGCUCCGUCGUCUCCCACAUAUCUUCAGCCGUGUUCUAGAGCUGCCCUUGAAGUCAGACGCUGACGUGGCUGUUGAAGAGAGUCAUGACUGCUUCAGGUUCGUCGCGGAAACAGACGGGGGAGGAGGAGGAGGUGUGAGGGCUUACAUGGUUGAGAUUCAUCCUGGUGUGACCAAGAUUCUUGUGAGAACCAAUGGUUCAUCGUCUCUUGGUUUGUCGCUUGAUGAGCUUGAGCUUGACGUGUGGCGUUUCAGGCUACCGGAAUCAACUAGGCCUGAGCUCGUUACCGUGGAUUGCGACGGCGAUGGAGAAUUGAUUGUCACUGUGCCUAAGAUUGAAGACAAUGGUAGAGAUUUGAUAGUGCUUGUACAGUAAUCUAAUGUGUUUGUGAUCAAAUGAGAAAAAUCUUGACUUUUUUUAUCUAAUGGUUAUCAAAGUUAAGAUCUUUUUGUUUCUUUAUGAAAAUAUGGAUACAGAGUAGGUUUUGCCUUAUGUAACGUAACAUCAAUUGGUUUUAGUUUUAGAGAUAAAAUCCUUUGAGAGGGGCAAAUUUAUUGAGGAUCUCUGAUUCACGUUUAAGAGCAUUGUCUUUCUUCAUUUCCCAUUCAGGUUUCUUCAAGUUAGCUGCUUGAACUUCUUGAACCACUUUAGGGAUUGAGUUCGCUACCAUCUUCUGACCAAAGAUUAGAUCAACCUUCUCUUUCCCCUUGUUACUGAUGCAGCGGGUAAGCUCGGUUCGUUUAGCUUGAAGCUGAGCGAUUUGCUCGUCAAUUUGACGGAUUGUCUCUGAGUUUCUAUCGACUUCCGUUUGGAUAUUGCCUAGCUUGUCCUUUAAGUCGCUGUAUUCGUACUUGAGAGAUGC